AUGAACGAAACACUAAUUGCUGCUGGGACGAUCACGCUGAAACUACAUGAUCUAGUGUUUGAUAGGGAUGGAACAGGGGUCUCCAAUGGAGCUCUGAACAGAUGUUUAUGUGAUGUGUGUAUAUUUCAGAGCGGCAGCGGCUCUCCGGUGAGCCAUCGGUCUUCAGGCCUGCGUCUGGGUCUUCCUCCUCCUUCCUCCUCCUCAUCCUCUCACGCUGAUAUGGACAGUAAACGGGGCGGCGCAGACCAGAGCAGCACGGGACGAACACGACGGGAAAGUGGCGGUAAAACUGAAGACGUGCUCAGAAGAGACGGCACUAAAGAGAAAAGCACGUCACCCGCAGGAGUCUCUCCCAGAUCGACGGAAGGGAACGGACUGAGCAGCUCUCCGGUCCUCCGGAAGAAUCCAUCCAGAGAAGGCUCUUCCUCCCCUCGCUCUCAGCCGCGCUCGCCUCUCUGCAGGAGCCCCACUCGGGAGAAAGUGAGAUCUCCGUCUCCUCCAGCGUCCCAUGAAUCACUCUCUCCUGGCUCCCCAGCACCUCUCUCAUCCUCCGCCCGCGGCCCGUCUCCCGCUCUCAAACACUAGGACCCACUCCAACCCAUGGAGUGAGACUAGUGAAAGACAGCCGCUACCCCUCCCCAACCCACCCUUCCCAGAAUGCACAGGGCCAGUCCCAGAAUGCUCGGGCCUGGGCAUCAGGUGCCUUGUCAGAAGCCCUUCAUCCGUCCUCGUGGCCCUCCGAGCCGAACUCUGAGAGAACCGCAUCUGAGUUCUCCCGCUCCUAGCGUAAUCAGCCAAUCAGCCGUCUGACAGCUCUGUCAGCCAAUGAGAAAGAAAGCUGAAUAUUCUGUGUCAUCUCCCACACAGAAAUGGACUGAGACGCUUUUACUGCCAAUCUGAUGUCAAAACGAGUUCAGAACAAAGACAUGGGAACUUCUAGACAAAUGGACAUUGAGGUGUUCCUGUUAUAGCACCAUUUCACUUUUUCCCCGGAGCUUUUAACUGUCAGUGAAGAGCUGGAUUCACCCUUUCCCCUCACUGAAGCAGACUCAUUUGAGUGCAUAGCAUUAGUUUCAGACAGUAUUCCAAGAGAAAUUAUGCUGUUUUUGCUUGUAAUAAACAUGCUUCUGUUGUUCAUAUAUGAAUACUUUCUUUAUGAUGCUAAAUGAAGCAAUAAAGCAUGAGAAUCUG